UAGUUAAAACCAAUCAUACGUCAUUAUUCAUCCGAUAAUAUAAUCUUUUGUAUAUGUGCGUGAGUGAUGAUACCAAUUGCGAAAAGUUGUUCGAAUUACUGCGGUCGAUAAGCGAGCGAUAUAACUAAAUCGAUUGUUGAAUUGUCGACAUCGUUGGGGUAUUGUUAGGGAGUGGAAGUUGGCGGAUUCGAAACGCGACAGUUUCGUGCAUCCCGUCGACCGUUGCGCAUCUCGUGCAGCCAUUGUGUUCAGUCUAGUUUAGUUCCUAACAAAAGCAACUUGCUAGUGCAGUGAACAUAUAGUUUAGAUAAUAAUAAACUUUCAAAAACCACUUAAUAAUGAAGUUUUUAAGUUUUGUUCUAAGUGUUUUGUUCGUGAUUCAGAUCAAUGAUGCACAUAAGCUCAAUAUUGAAUUGUUGUACGAAUCCUUGUGCCCUGACAGUGUAAGAUUUGUUAAAAACCAACUUGCGCCAACUUUUGACGAGAUUGCAGACUAUGUCAACAUCACCUUUGUACCAUUCGGAAAGGCUUUCAGUAAUCAAAAUGGAGACUUUGACUGUCAACACGGCCCAAUCGAGUGCAAAGGCAAUCGCAUUCAAUCCUGUGUCCUGAACCAGAUUCCAGAUCAAGUCAAACAGGUUCAGUACGUGCACUGUUUCAUGCAAACUUAUGUCACUAAUCCAAUGGAACAAGGCGAAAAGUGUGCGACUCAGGCCGGUGCUAUUUGGGAAGUUGUAAAACAAUGCGUUGAAUCCAAGGCAGGCAUGCUGCUGCAAUUGCAAGCUGAACAAACAACGAGUCAUUACAAACCACAGUUUAUUCCGACCAUUGUUUAUGACAAGAAAUUCGAUCAAAAUGCACAGGACAGUUCUAUUGCUGGAUUCAGGGAUUAUGUGUGCAAGCGUCUGCAGAAGGACAAACAGGAUGUUUGUGCACCAAUGCGUUUGAAACCAAUUAGAGCUUGAUUUCUUUCGUUUUUGACUUUUAUUUUUAUUUGACAGCAGAAACUUACUCAAGAUUUUAAUAAGAAUGCUCAAAGGUUGUAUUAUGCACAGGAAAUGUUAAAAUAAGAAUGAAAACAUACGAAACUAUUGAAUUUCAACAAUAAAAAUCAUCGACAAAUAUAUAAAAUAUAUUAUAUUUUCUGAU